GAAGCCAUGGGGAACCGGGGCAUGGAAGACCUGAUUCCCCUGAUCAACAAGCUUCAAGAUGCUUUCAGCUCAAUUGGCCAGGCUUGCAAUUUAGACCUUCCUCAGAUUGCUGUGGUCGGUGGACAGAGCGCUGGAAAAAGCUCUGUCUUGGAAAAUUUUGUUGGCAGGGACUUUCUUCCACGUGGAUCAGGCAUUGUCACCCGCAGACCUCUCAUUUUGCAGCUGGUCAACAAUAAAGCAGAAUACGCUGAAUUCCUGCAUUGCAAAGGAAAGAAGUUUGUGGAUUUUGAUGAAGUGCGGGCGGAAAUUGAGGCAGAGACAGACAGAAUAACGGGAUCCAAUAAAGGCAUCUCCCCUAUCCCGAUUAACCUCAGGGUCUACUCCCCACACGUGCUGAAUCUGACUCUGAUCGACCUCCCCGGUAUGACGAAGGUUGCCGUGGGAGACCAGCCACAGGACAUUGAGUUUCAGAUCAGAGAAAUGCUGAUGCAGUUUAUCACAAAGGAGAGCUGUCUGAUCCUGGCUGUCACCCCAGCUAAUACUGACCUCGCUAACUCAGAUGCUUUGAAGAUUUCCAAGGAAGUGGACCCACAGGGGGUGCGCACCAUUGGUGUUAUCACAAAAUUGGAUUUGAUGGAUGAAGGCACAGAUGCAAAAGACAUCCUUGAAAAUAAACUUCUGCCACUGCGGAGAGGUUACAUUGGUGUUGUGAACCGCAGUCAGAAAGACAUCGAUGGGAAGAAAGACAUUCGUGCUGCUCUGGCGGCUGAGAGGAAGUUCUUCCUGUCUCACCCUGCCUACAGACACAUGGCAGAGCGUAUGGGCACGCCACAUCUACAAAAAACACUGAACCAGCAACUGACCAAUCACAUCAGGGACACCUUGCCCGGGCUGCGCAGUAAGCUGCAGAGUCAGCUCCUCUCCCUAGAGAAGGAGGUGGAGGAGUAUAAGAACUUCCGUCCUGAUGACCCAACGCGCAAAACAAAAGCAUUGUUGCAGAUGGUGCAGCAGUUUGGUGUGGACUUUGAAAAAUGCAUUGAGGGCUCUGGGGACCAGGUGGAUACCAAUGAACUGUCGGGUGGUGCUAAGAUCAACCGCAUCUUCCAUGAGCGCUUUCCGUUCGAGCUAGUCAAGAUUGUGUUUGAUGAGAAAGAGCUACGGCGAGAAAUUAGCCACGCAAUCAAAAAUGUCCACGGUGUCAGGCAAGUAGACACCGUUCUCUGUUCUAACUAUUUCAUAACGGGGCUGUUCACUCCAGACCUGGCGUUUGAGGCCAUAGUGAAAAAGCAGAUCGUUAAGCUGAAAACGCCUUGUCUCAAAUGUAUCGAUCUGGUCAUUCAGGAGCUCAUCAACACAUUCAGGCAGUGCACCAGCAAGGUACUGCCAGUGUCCAGCAUCUCCCGGCCCAGCCAAGACACAAAGCUGGGGCGGUCGUGGUUUGCCAAGGGCAUGCUGACACAGAACAUUAGGCUCUUCACCCCUGACCUGGCUUUCGAGGCGAUUGUCAAAAAGCAGAUCCUCAAACUCAAAGAGCCCAGCCUCAAAUGUGUGGACCUUGUGGUGUCUGAACUCACCGCACUCGUCAUGAAGUGUGCCGUUAAGCACCACCUCCACUCUACUUCCUCUCUUUCCCUGCUGGCUCGGGAGCCCGGCCGGCCGGCCGGUCCGAGCAGAGCACAGCAUGGUGCUGAUCCUGGACUGACCCACACGCUGAAUUCCUACCCCAGACUGAGAGAGGAGACUGAGAGGAUUGUCACCACCCACGUCAGAGAAAGAGAGGGAAAGACUAAGGAUCAGGUUCUGCUGCUCAUUGAUAUUGAGCUCUCCUACAUAAACACCAACCAUGAGGACUUCAUAGGCUUUGCUAAUCUAGACUACAGAAGGCUGGAUGAUGGUAGCUCCCCAGGGUACAGCAACAACAGUGCCCAGCAGAGAAACACUGCUGCAAACAAGAAGAGGGCCAUACCCAAUCAGCUUGACGGGCUAGGAGAGGUCCUGGAAGAAAAGGUAAUCAGGAAAGGCUGGCUAACCAUACACAUCAGCAUCAUGAAAGGUGGCUCCAAGGAGUAUUGGUUUGUCCUAACAGCCGAGUCCCUGUCCUGGUACAAAGACGAGGAGGAAAAAGAAAAGAAAUAUAUGCUGCCUUUGGACAACCUGAAGUUAAGAGAUGUUGAGAAAGGCUUUAUGUCCACAAAGCAUGUCUUUGCAAUCUUCAACACUGAACAGAGAAAUGUGUACAAAGAUCUUCGCCAAGUAGAACUGGCCUGUGAUUCUCAAGAAGAUGUGGACAGCUGGAAAGCAUCUUUCUUGAGGGCCGGAGUUUAUCCUGAGAAGGACCAGGUGGAGAAUGAAGAGGCGGCCCCUGUAGACACUUUCUCCAUGGAUCCUCAGUUGGAGCGGCAGGUGGAAACCAUCCGCAACUUGGUGGAUUCGUACAUUGGCAUCAUCAACAAAUCUAUUAGAGACCUUGUGCCCAAGACCAUCAUGCAUCUCAUGAUCAACAGUGCAAAGGACUUCAUCCACUCGGAGCUACUGGCUUACCUUUAUUCAUCUGGAGACCAGAACAGCCUCAUGGAGGAGUCAGCUGACCAGGCCCAGCGUAGGGAUGAAAUGCUGCGCAUGUAUCAUGCCCUCAAGGAAGCGCUGCAUAUAAUUGGGGACAUCACCACCAGCACAAUCUCCACCCCAGUGCCGCCACCUGUAAAUGACAACUGGAUCCCUGAAGCCAGUCCGACCCCCCAGCGCAGACCGCCCCCCGCAGCAGCCCAGCCCCCCAGCCGUCCACCUGCCGUUAGGGGCCCGACACCGGGACCUCCAAUGAACCCUUCCCCUCCCUUUGGAGCCCCACUCAACCCCUCUCCAGCAUUUAAUGCCCCUCCCAUCCCCUCUCGCCCAGGCCCACCCAUCAGUGCCUUCAACAGCAGUCAGGAUCCCUUCAGCGCACCACCACAGAUCCCCUCCCGGCCAGCCCGCGUCCCGCCCGGUGUGCCCAGCCGAAGACCCCCUGGUGCUCCGGCUCACCGACCCACCAUUAUCCGCCCCGCUGAGCCCUCGCUGCUAGACUAG